AUGAGGUGGUUUUUAAUGUCGUUAUCUUUGUUACAGACUCGAUCAGGGAGACAACUAAGCAAGACUGCUGAGCAACAAUCAAACGGAAAAUUUCAAGCAACAAAGACUACCAGGAAUUCCCGAAAAGCGCGAGGCCAGAAUGGCUGGCAUGACAUUGUAAAACAAGAUGAGUGUGCGGUAGACACAGAGGAGCGCUUCGUGACCGCAGAUUCUACUAACUACGAGGCCGCCAAUUUCGGAAGUCUAAAAGAAAUCAUGGAAGUACAAGAAAGACCAACUGUAGGAAACGCCGGGGAAAAUGUACCGUUUGAAAGUGGAAGAGACGUUGCGGAAAACAAACGUUCGCGGCGUGCACGCGCACGGCACACGUCGAUGUUAGAACGCCUGGCGCCGACGCCAGGCUACGUCGACAAAACCUCCAUGGAUUUUGAGUCGCUAGCGCAGAGGAGGACGCCGCGAAUGGCUAGUUUAAACGCUGCCGCGAAAGUGAACGUGUUCUUUGAGCCUUCUAGUCCUUUAGCGGGACGGAGCUUGUGUGAGAUUCAACAGCAUAGUACCACAACCAAGAAACCCCCGGUGAGGAAUUCGACCGAGAGGAGGUAUUCGGACAGAGGGAGUUGCAAUGGAGCGGACAGAAGUUACGACAUGAGGGAGUUCCCUGACUCGGAAGUGUUUUUUCAGAGUGAAGUGAGCUCGACGUGGGAUACGUCAAGAUCCAAGGGUGUGAUCGUUAGCCCCAAGGAUUUCGGCGAUGAGCCAAACCACUCGCCUAAUAGCCAUUUUGAAUUUGUCACCAACGGUCAAAGGACAGGAAAAGAUAAUCUUAAGCGAAAGCCCGAGGCUGAUUCAACUUCAGAAGACGAGAAAAAAGCAAAGAGAGUCCACCUUGAUGGUGGCAGUGAACUUGUUAGCACUGAGACCAGUGACACAGUAGAUUUAGACGAAAGUGGAGAAGUAGAAUGCGACACGACCACGGAUUCGCCGCCAAAGACAAUGGUGGACGUGUGUAUUCAAGUGGAUCUGCCGCUGCCCCCAGUCAAGAACGUGCGGGUGCUUUCUGUACCAAUCAAAGGACAGCUUGUCACGUCAGCCGGCGCUGUUCCUUUCACCAAGAGCCACCUUGUCACGCCGGUCACGCCAUCCAAACCACCUCCGGAACUUAAAAUGAGCAAGACCGCGACAACAAAGAGAAUUGCAAGCAUGAAUCAUCAGGCGAUGGAGAACGUUUUUGCUGCUAACGAUGGCCCUUUGGCCAAGUAUAAAUCCGUGGGUGGAUUGAUAGAGGAGCGAAGCAAAGUAAAAAAAGCUAAAGAGCUAACGAACAAAAUGCCGGCAUCGUCUUCUAUAGCACUUAAGAUCCCGAAGAUUAACUUUGCCGCCACAUCCACAUCUACUAUGAGUGCGGGGCGUGGCCGGCCCGCGGGAAACCCGCUAAAAAACAUCCAUUUAAAGAACUUGAAUAUUCAUCUAGAGAAAUUGGCUGCGCAGAGAGCCCGAGCCGAGCCUCGGGUGCCUAAGGUUUGUACAGGGAAGGAUGGGAGGGUAGCGUUAGGGAAGGGGUUGGGGAUAGUUGACAGUUGGUUUUAUUUUGCUGUGUUUCCGCGCUCUGAAUUGGCUCACAAACCGAACGGGGCUUUCUCUGUCAAAACAAAAGGUGACUUUCUCAGUUGUGUUUUCCCCCGCUAUAUUAGGAACUUUACGAUCCAACGACGCGACGGCAACGAGAACGUCAAAAGAAAGCAGUAGGUUUAAUAAGCAAAACAACAACUUCGCACGUGCAUCACUUUUUUUAGUACAUUUCUUUGCCGUCUUUGCACAACUACGACGUGAACUUGCUUAAUUUCGCGUUUUAUGGAGAACGCAAACAAGCAGAAGGAAAUUUUAUUUCUCUUUCUCAGCUUGGAAAUUGUCCCUUGGAAUUCUAAUUUAGGAGGGUCCGCCUACAUUUGACAAAGUAAGUGGGUAGGAAUAAUCACGAUAAAGACUGAAAGAACGCAAAUUCACUUUUUAAGCGACGUCUCGUCGCCGUCUCGUCGUUGGAUCUUUCAAGUCCCUAUUCAGUAUUGCCUAUAACAGACACCCAGAGUUGGCCCCUCUGUUUCUUUACUCCUAUUCUUUGACUCUCUGUAAGAAGGACACCCACAGUCCUCCCUUGUCGUUCCUUAGUCGUGAGGGAUCUUAAGCAACGACUGACGACGGCGACGGCAAAGAGAACGUCAAAGAAAGCAGUCCGUUUAAGAAAACAGAAAAAAAUUUCCGUGAAUAGACGUGAGUUUUCCUUAUACGUGAAUUCAUUUUAUUUGGGACGUUUUUGCUACCGUAGCUGUUGCGGUUCAGUGCUUAAGCACCCUUUUCACUUCUUUAAGGCGGAUACCAGGAGUUUUCCUUGCGUUUCUUCAGUCCUUUUUCUGUGACUCUUUAUAAGGCAGAUAUUUCUGUAAAAUGGACAUCUAGAGUUGAUUCCCUCUCUUUUUUAGUCCAUUUGUUUGACUCUUUAUAUGACUCUUAAACAUGGACAUUCAGUGCCCAUCUCAGCGUUCUAAGAGAGAGUUAAUUGUAUUGGAAGAAAGAAGCAGUUUCAGUCCAUUAUUUCAGUCUUUAGUUACCAGCGGCCGUGGGGAAAUAUGAAUUAAGCCCUUGACGGAAGUACUCUGCGAGCAGAGGCUACAGUUUCGCUGUGUGAGCUGGCGUGUGAAAAGUAGCCUCUGCCGACAACCGUUCAAAUCCGUCCAGAAAUCUGGACGAAUAAAUUAAAAAAACGGUUUUGUUUUCCUGUUCUUGACCGGUAUAGAGCGUGAGUCUUGCGUAGCAGAUCAGAGUUGUCGCAAUUUUUUUAUUUCCACGAAACUCGCGCCAUUGGACGACAGACCUGACGAUUAAUUUUGCUUGCGAAUCGCGUGACGAAUGUCGCGCAUGCACGAUAGAAAAUUGAACGGUUGUCGGCAGAGGCUACUUCUCGCACGACAGCUUACAAAGCGGAAAUGUAGCCUCUGCCCGCAGGUUAUUGACGCAGAGUAGCUGCGUUUUACUCACCAAUCUUAUCAAACAAAUGAAUGAAAGCAUUAAGGUUCACCCACCCACUAGUUUCUGUACAUAGUCAACUCUCCCUUUACGAACACCUCGCUAAAACGGACACUUCUGUUUGGUGACUGCCUUUCUUCACUUCUGUCCUUUUUUCACUCCUUUUAUUUGACUCUCUGUAAGGUGGACAUCUCCUUAAAACGGACACGUAGAGUUGGUUACUGUCAUUCUUCACUCCUUUUAGUUGACUCUCUGUAAGGCGGACAUCUCCUUAAAACGGACAGCUAGAGUUGGUUACUGCCAUUCUUCACUCCUUUUAAUUGACUUACUAUAAGACAAACACCUCGCUAAAACGCACACCUAAAGUCGGUCCCUGCCUUUCUUCACUCCUACUAAUUGACUCUCUAUAAGGCGGACAUCUUCUUAAAACGGACACCUAGAGUUGUUUACAGCCAUUCUUCACUCCUUUUAAUUGACUUACUAUAAGACAGACACCUGGCUAAAACGGACACCCAAAGUCGGUCCCUGCCUUUCUUCACUCCUACUAAUUGACUCUCGAACAUCUUCUCUAAGAAGGACUCAUUUGCCGGUCUUAAAGGUGUCCGUUUUAGAGAGAGGUGACUUUGCAAUGUGAAGUCCAGCGAAUUAGAAAUAAGAGUGAGUUCAAAAACUCUGGCGGUAACCUCCCUUACAUGAGCAGAUGCGCGUGCACUAAGUUAACCGUUUCCGUCGCACCUAACAGUGUUCAAUGUAAAAAUCGACAAAACAUCACAAAUUUCUUUCGCAAAAUCCUAAGAAAUGAAUAGCACCAUGUAAAAGUUCUAUGAAAGAGGUUUCAUUUGAAUGGUAACACCGUAAGAUUUCAUUCAGAGAUUCAAAAAUUAGAAUGACAGAUGAUCUCACUAUAACUCGGUCUAGGGAUAAAGGGCUAAAUAGACCCGAUUACCAGCCGCUGUUCGGGAAAUGAGCCCGCGCUUCACCCCCAAACAAGAGGGAGGACGAGAGAGCGGCGGAAAUGGAGCCUAUGGUUAAAACAGAGGAUCAAUUUAGGUUUUUGGGAAACUGCCCCACUACCCCUCCCCUAAGCUAACAUUAACACUUACUUCUCACUUAGGGCAAAAUAAUGGCUUAGGGGAGGAGUAGGUGGGCAGUUUCCCAAAAAUCUAAAUUGAUCCAAAAAACAAAUUAGCUAAAAGCCAUAGUGAAGUUUGACGUGAGGUGAUAGUGAAUAGUCUCAAAAGCAAGAUUAGAAGCUAUGGACGCUCUUCCUUGUGCUUCAAGGUCCCGAUGGUCACGUUUCUUUAAAGUCCCGAUAAGUACCGGGCGCGAAAAGCGGUUGUUGUUGUUUACAUUUAAGAUCGAGGCUUCAAUAGGUCUGCAUGUAAUAUGAUAAAAUGAUCAGUUAACAAAACAAAAUGGGCUGGUUGUUUUAGGCCGGGGACCCGCGCUUUUCAUUCCAUGGGUAUGAUGUUCAUUUCGGGCCCAAAAAGUUGCCGGGACUUUUGAGAAACCGGCCCAACGGUUUGGCGUUAGUUCCCAGUUGCCAAAAAGGAGGAUAGUGCUCUACACUGGAUCGAUCACUAUGCAGUAGAAAACGCAAUUGGUUUUUCGUACAUUUACUCACUGGAGAGCAAUAUAUCCAGUGGAUACUAACACUCUGCAAAUUUUAAACAAGUGGCAACCGCUGGGCAUUCGAAGACAUCACAAACACUUGCGCGACAUUACGAGCACAUGCGCGACAACACGAACACGUACGCGACAUCACAAACACGCGCGCGACGUCACGAGCACGUGCGGUGUUUUACCAUCAUUGCACGGAAAACUAGAAAAUUUCAGUGAUAUCUUCAAAUGGGACAGUUGAUCCUUAUGAAACGCUCCCGGAAAAGAUGGAUAUCCUCGGGCCCCAGCUGUUUAAAAAGUUGUGUGGGAUAGCCAUAUCCACCUUAAAAAUCACUAUAUAGUAGAUAAAUACUAGAAGGACCAAUUGCGUCACUCACUGGAUAGAGAUUUAUCCGGUGGAUGGCGCUAUCCAUAGUUUGAGCAACCGGUAUCAGAUGUCUUCCUCGUUUUUCAUUCGAAACCAAAUGACUGGAAGAUAACUGUGCUUCCCAAUAGGGACGUUUCAUUGCAACCAAGUUUUCCUUGCGAAUGGUAAACGCUCCAAGUCACAGAACAGUAAGAGUAUUAACUCUGGUUAGCCUUUUGGUCUCAUGAGCUUUUAGUCUAAGCAUUGUUCUUUUAUCUGCUUUGGAAUUGAAAAAUGUAUCCGCCCAUUUAAUUUGUUAUUUAUUUUUGUUAUGUUUUGUUUGUUUUGUUUGUUGGCACGUUCAACUUGAAGGCCAGUUUGGUACAGGAUUUAUACGUAGUCGUUUUGAUUUACUUUCAGAGAACAAAUGGCUGGAUGUUCAUCGGUGAACCACUGGAUAAACCAUACUGCUAUGUGAGUGUAAAGAUUUCAACAAGCUUUAUCACUGUAAACAAAAAUUUCCCGCUGAUUGUAGGCCUUUUCAGUUGAUGAAGGACUUCUAUUGGUCGUAAGGGAGCAAGAUGAACCGUCCGAACCUGACUGGCUAAGAAAGCACAAUCUUUUUUUCUGGCAUUUCGACAUUUGGUCACUUUAGACACGCGAAAAAAACUGGGUCGAGUUGACUUUCGCAAAGACUUCUGGGACUGUUUCUCGAGACAGGGGAAAAAUUGACCAAUAGCUGACUGGAGCGUCCCUAGUAACCAACCAUCCCACAAACAAUCGCGGGACACAUUUCGGCACCAGGCCCCUUCUCGUUUCUAAAGUGGCGACUUGUCUAUAGAAGUUUAUGUUGCGUCAGGCAGUGAGCGAAUGAAAAUUUUCAGUCUUCAAGGAGUUCGAGAAAUUGUGGCUAUUUUGUUACUUGUGUUAAAAACCUGAUAUUUCCCUUGUUGACAUUCAUGAACCUCGCUUUCAGGACGAGACUAUUGUUAUACGGCGGUACUACAGCGGUGUUCAACGUGGAGACGAGAUCAUCAACGUGAGAGACUCGGUUCUACUCAAAUCGGGCACACGCAAGAAGGAUCCUCAUUUUGUUGCUCGUGUUUCUGGUCUCUGGGAAGAAGAUGAUGGUAAGACUGUUUAACAGACAGACAACAAUUGUCCAUGGUCUGUACUCCUGUAGACCAUACAAAUGACUUCAUAAAGCCCCCUGCAAACGGACGCAACAUGGUUGGGGUUGAGAGUUAUUGCGUCGUUUGCACGCAGCUAAAAGUUUGACCGGUUUCAAACUUUGCGCAACAACUCCCAACAACACGCAACAACAUGUAACAGGGUGUGCAAACGGAGCCAACAUGUAACAUCCAACAAUUUUGUGUCCGUUUGCACGGAGCUUUAUGUCCAAAACUCAAGUGAAGGCUUCAAUAUUUUGACGUCAUUUCUGUGGUUUGUAAAGCUACGUGCUAACGGACGCAACAACUCCCAACAUUGUGCUAAACGUUUGACCGGUUUCAAACUGCGCAACAGCAUGCAACAACAUGCAAUAAGGCGUGCAAACGGACGCAACAUGUAACAUCUGACAAUGUUAGCAGUUGUUGGCCAACAAAACGGAGCUUAAGAGUACACAUUGUGAAAAAUUGUUUUCUGUUCGAGAAAAAGUGAUCACGUCUUUUCCAUGGACAAUUCUCUCAUUUUAGACCAUACCUCUCGACCAAUGAGCACGCGCGAAAUCGUUGAACAGCCUUGGUAAUACAUCUUUCGAUCUCUAGGACUUGUAUCGUACUCUCACAGUUCAAAAAUAUGAACUUUCACAGUUUCACCUUCUUCGGUUGUAUUGCGAACUCGCAGCGUGACCAGCUCCCAAUUCGCUUAAUAGCUGGAGAUAGUCAUCGCUUCGAAUCCUGUCCAAGCCUGGAUUUUUUUUAAAGCUUUCCUUUCGCAGAUGCGAUGAUCUUUCACGUGUUAAAUCCUUCUUUCGCACUUGAAAUACAUAAAAUUUAUACACGUUCACUUACAAACAUAACUUUCUUAGUAACAAUCAUAAACCACGUCCGAAAUCGGUAAUGAAAAUUGUUUUACUGUCUUAUCACGGCAUUUUCAACUUUAAGAAAUGAACUCUCCGACGCCCUCAACUCUCUUCAGCUUGACAACCCUGGGUAACUGUCGAUUUAUGCUCCUUUUCUUUUUCCAAACGCAGGUCCGAACGCUGGCGAAAUGAUGAUGAGUGUAUUUUGGUACUACAGACCCGAGCAAACAGAAGUCGGUAGAAUUCCAAACUUCCACGGAGAGGUAGGCGGCUGAAAAACACUUGCACUGUACAGAUUGUAACUCAACAAUAGGUCAUUUCAGAGUUGUGCCAAGACUCUGUUUCAAUGCGAGGCUAAGGGACUGUUUACACUACGAAGAUCUCAGAAGGCAGAACAAAUUUACGUUGGGUUUACAUGCAGAAAUUUCGUUCCGUGUGGUUAACAGUAGCCUGCGAUGAAGCUCUUUGGGGCGCUCUGGCGGCGGGGCGGGAAAAGGAAGGAGGCCUUGGAACUGCGUCUCUGGAAUUUGAAUUCCACCUUCAAUUCCCCCGUGGCUCCCCGUCAACUGAGCUCUCAGAUUUCCGCCAAUCAGCGCGAAGGGGAAACGAGCGCGAAUGUAAACAAACAUUGAAAGGCUAAUGACGUCAUUCCUAAUGUCAUCUUCGCCAAUCAGCAUUUUGCAUCUACUUUUUUCGAUGCAAAAUUCAAAUUCAAAUUCAAAUUCCUUUUCCCGCCCGCCGCCAGAGUGCCUUGAAGAGCUUGUUUUUUCAAACAAAAUUAUUGUCACCCAAGGUUUGCCGUCUUCUUUUGCUCUCCCGUCGUGUUGCGUAAGUUCACUAAUUAUUUUUUGCCAUAUUUGAUUGACAGAUGGAAGUCAUGGCGUCAAGACAUAAGGACGAUAACAGUGUGGCGUGUAUUGUGGAUAAAUGUUACGUCCUCAGUUAUCCAGAGUACUGCAGGUAAUGUAAUAGACCUUCAACUUAUAUGUUUUGUUUGCACAAUUCAGAUCACGUGAUGUUCUCCAGGGAAAUUGCCUUUUGUCGUUUCAUAAAUUAUGCAUACAUAUGUAGGUGCAUGUCAUGCACGUUCGUAGGUCUACGUUUGAAAGAAACUCUGGGGUACCAUCACGUGGUCUGAAAUGGGAAAACGAAAAAGAGAAGCUAGAAAGGGCUAUUCCGGUCUUAAGCUUUUUUCAGGCUAAGGGUUUGUAUACGUGGAGGUGGGGAUCCCCAGGUAGGUGAGGUAACCCGCCUGUCCAUAUAAUCUCUCAUUUAAUUUGUUCGCGUUUACAUGACGGUUGGGGUGACCAUAUGAGGGAUUACAUGGACAGGCGGGUUACCCCACCUAAGCGGGUAACCUCACCUACCUGGGUUCCUCCACCUCUAUGUAAACAGGCCCUAAGUAUGUAAACGCCAAGGCUGUUCACUCUUUAGAUAAAUAAUCUUAUGGAAAAAUACGUUGACCACCGUUAUCGUGUGGACAAAAGUCAUAAGUUUGUAUCAUGUUGACAAAGCUUUAGAAAAAUAUAGAAUUAGGGUGGAUUCUAACAACAGUCUUGUGUUUUGCUAACCCAGUCCCUGUUAUUUUGUUUCUAGAUUCCGCGCUCUCAACAGAUUAUUCCGAGAGUUUAGAGAAGCACCUCUUUCACCUGUACCCCCAGGGGAAAGCACAAAACCUGGCUCAGUCCCCCAUCCCCGUACCGAUCCGAGUCUUGUGUUCUUCUGCCGACAAGUGUACGAUUUCCGUAUGGGACGGAUCAUAAAGAACCCUGUGUGAUACUUCUUUCAUCCCGUCCGGAGAUGGGUUUGAUGCUCAUACCUCAGUGAUCAAUGGACUUUGAAUUUUUGUUAUUCAGUUUAGACCACCUGGAAAUUAUUCUGUCACCGUAAAUAAUCCUAAACUCUUGCUCAAAUUUGCCCCUCAACUCAGUUUCAACUCAGAAACAAAAAGUCAUAUUCUGAUUAUUGUGGUUUUAUUUUGCAGUUCUUUGUGAUGGACUGAGAAAUCUCCCACUAUUUUCUUGACCAAUCAGAAGUCAAGUAAAACCAAUCGUGAUGUGGUUACAUGCGUUUCCCUGUUGUUGGCGCCCACUGCGUCAAGUGGUUUCGAGAUGUGAUUGGCCAAGCCAGUCAUAUUUCGAAGAAGUUCCUUUUAGCGGGCGAUAAGCGCGAGAAAACGUGUGUCACCUAGUCACGACUGAUUUGUUUACUUCUGAUUGGUCGAGAAAUUGACGUCAGUUUUUUUAGCCAGCCACGCAGCAUUGCAAUGCAAAACCAACCCAAUUUUAAAUUUCGUUUUUUUAAUGCAGAUAGGCCUGGAAAAUACCAUAAUACUCUUAAAUGUGCAGGCCUGGCAUCAGUUUAGGUGCGCUGGCCUUGGUUGGUAUCGUACGCUAGAAUUCAGAGCUCGUCUGGGCGGUUUUCCCUUGAAUCCACCUGGUUCACACUCAGAAAGUGCUUAGCACGAACAGCUACUUGCAAGAUCUUACCAAAUACAGGCACACAAGAAGGUAUUACGGUAUUAGCGGAAGGGCCUUUUGAAAACCGCUUGAGCAGUGACAGUAAUGUAAUUAUUUAUCAUGAAAACCGAAAAAGAAUUGUACGUUAAGUAAGAAAUAUUUAUAGAAAGUUAGUGGAGCAAUGAUUUGUCACCUAACUCAUCAAUUUCGUUAAUUACGUAAAAUGUUAACGAGUUUCUAAGAAAUAUAGUAUUUUUGUUAUAUUAGUUUGAAAGCAGAAUUCACAGAAACGGUACAUGGUAAUUUAUAGUGCACGUCUUAAUGAGUUUGAGUCACGAUACUUAAAAUAAGAAUUUGAGUGUUUGGUACGUUAAAAACAAUGAUUUCUUUGUUUUGGAGGACUUCUAAAAUUAUUCAUAAAUUCUCUUUUCCCGUACGCUGAAACUUUGUCGAUAAAAACCAUCCCUCGAAAUAAGGUUGUCGAAGACGAAAAAAGUGUUCCUUCUUGUUAAAUUGAAUUUUGUACGUUUGGUUUUGAGGAUUCAGUCUGUAGACUAUCCUUUGUUUCGUAUACUAACACA